UUAACAAACUAUCAUUUACUGAAUACCAAUAAUUUACACCAAAGCAUAAAAUAAUCAAGGAUAAGAAUAUGCCAGAGGACCCAGUACUAUGCAAGAUGCAGUACUCCGUACACAUCGCUAAGAUCACAUCCGAAUCAACUCCACCUGCAAUGCUCCGACAUGCACGUCGUCGGUCUUGUUCGACUGUCAAUAAGGGGCUUUCCACACCAAGAUCCCGAAAGAUAACCCGAGACCAAAAUGGAAGACAGAGAAGCCAAGAAGCAGAGAAGAAGGGUAAAGCCCAACAAUAAAAUCAGUAUCAAGAACACGUGGAGACAAGCAUAUGUACCUGGUCGCAUCACGAUUAUCAAGGGUAUAAA